AAGCUCUUUACUCAAUUUGUCCUAACUUCGCUUUCCCGUCGUCCCUUGCUAUCCCAAGCAGAGCUGCAGAAGUCAUGGCAGGAGGAGGACGCGAGAAGGUGGCUCGUUUGCUGAAGCAGCUGCAGCUGGCAGCAUGCACGUGUCCAGUUCAUUCUCACACUUACAGUCAAGGUACUAAAGAUAUUGCUUUGGGGAAAACAGACUAUGCCUUUGAGAUGGCUGUUUCCAAUAUCCGAUAUGGAGAAGGAGUUACUAAAGAAGUGGGAAUGGACUUGCAGAAUUGGGGUGCUAAAAACGUUUGUGUGAUGACAGAUAAGACUCUUUGUCAGCUUCCUCCCAUGACAGCAGUGUUAGAGUCUCUGACAGUCAAUGGCAUAAACUUCCAAAUCUAUGAUAAUGUGAGAGUGGAACCCACAGACCAAAGUUUCCUAGAUGCCAUUGAGUUUGCCAAAAAGGGGGAGUUUGACUCCUAUGUUGCCGUAGGUGGGGGUUCAGUCAUAGAUACUUGUAAAGCUGCUGAUCUCUAUGCAUCAAGUCCAAGAUCAGAUUUCUUAGAUUACGUCAAUGCUCCUAUUGGAAAAGGCAAGCCUGUUACACACCAUCUCAAACCUCUGAUAGCAGUUCCUACAACAGCUGGAACUGGAAGUGAAACCACUGGAGUUGCUAUUUUUGAUUACAAAGAACUAAAAGUAAAAACUGGCAUUGCAUCUAGAUCCAUUAAGCCUACUUUGGGUAUUAUUGACCCAUUACACACUCGCCAUAUGCCAGAGCGGGUGGCAGCUAAUAGUGGUUUUGAUGUGCUUUGCCAUGCUCUUGAAUCCUACACUGCUCUACCCUACAACAAGCGCAGCCCUUGUCCUUCAAACCCAGUGAACCGGCCAGCUUAUCAAGGAAGCAACCCAAUCAGUGAUGUCUGGGCUGUCCAUGCAUUACAGAUUGUUUCCAAAUACUUAAAGAGAGCCAUAAAGAAUCCAGAAGAUCAAGAAGCAAGAUUUAACAUGCAUCUGGCAAGUGCUUUUGCUGGCAUUGGGUUUGGAAAUGCUGGUGUACAUCUUUGCCACGGCAUGUCUUAUCCAAUUUCCGGUUUGGUGAAGAAUUAUAAAGCAAAGGAUUAUAAUGUGGAUCAUUCCUUAGUGCCACAUGGCCUUUCGGUCAUCCUCACCUCUCCAGCAGUGUUUACCUUCACAGCACCAAUGUGUCCAGAGCGCCACUUGGAAGCUGCCCAAAUCAUGGGAGCUAACAUCAGUAAUGCCAAGAUGAAGGAUGCUGGGCUUAUUCUGGCAGACACUCUCCGAAAAAUUUUAUUUGAUCUCAAUGUUGAUGAUGGUUUAGCUGCCCUUGGUUAUUCAAAAGCCGAUAUUCCCGCUUUAGUCAAAGGCACCCUGCCUCAGGAGAGAGUGACUAAAUUAUCCCCUCGCCCUCAAACAGAAGAAGAGCUGUCAUCCCUGUUUGAAGCAUCUAUGAAAUUAUAUUAAUUUGCUUUUAAAAAAACUUUAAGCAGUGUUUUCUCAUUUCAGGGGAUAAAUCAAUUCAAAAUUUUAUACGGGGAUUAUAUGUAAAUGUCAUUUUCUAUUAAGAACUCCAACAUUCAUGUUUAUUUUUACACAUGAUUAUAAUUGGAGAUAUUCAGAUUUCAUUCACUAGUGGUGAUCACUGGAAUUAAUGAUAGUUUUGUCAUGAGAGAAAAAUAUAGUAAAUAAUGUUUUGGUUUGCCAUUUCACUAUCUCCACACCAAUUGGGUCAAGCAGGGGUACAAGAAUAAAACUUUUAUAAGUUCAAAACA